GUUCCAGUGAAUCCAAAUCGAGACCUUAUUGGCCGAAUUCCAAGUAACUCGUGUGAGGCAGCACUUGAAUACGUUACUGUUGGAAGAUGGUAGUCUAAAAGUUGUUAAUAUUCAUGAAAGAAGGCAGACUGACUUAAAUUUGACAACAGAGAAAUAUAUAAAUAUGUGGGUGCUCAAGUCGCGCGUUUGCUGAAACUAUUUACAAGCGUGAUGGAAUAAUGUGUCCUUGUGAACUAAAUAAACAUACCGCAAAGUUCUGGACCAUUAGUUCCGGACAAGAAGCGAUUUUUUACAGUAACAUUAACAGCCUCGACGACAACUAGUUAGUCAAAAGACUUGUAUGUCUACUUUGCGUCCAAUACCCUCAGUUUAAAAAAAAAACAGUUUUCGUUGCAACAGUCGUCACUGAAUGACGCUCUUGUUCCGAAAUUUCAGGGAUUUCCCCCUUUACGUGCCAUACUGCCAGGUCUGCAACAGCUUUGCUUUAUGGGGCUGGGAUAAUAUUGACAUAUUUAUUACGGGGGAGACGAAAGACGUUCUUGUUAUACAGUACCAUACAAUUCCUACUUCCGUUUAUGCACGAGACACAAAGCUAGGCUAUAGAAAUGACGAUUUAUGUCGUCAUCUGUGCCGUUUUGAUUUCGUUGCUGAAAUUGCUGUUUUUGUCUUCAUACAGGUCAACAGAUUUUGAAGUUCACCGCAACUGGCUUGCAAUCACAAAUAAUCCUUCGCAUCAUAAAUGGUAUUAUGAAAAUACAUCAGAAUGGACAUUGGAUUACCCACCGUUUUUUGCAUGGUUUGAAUGGAGUUUAUCACAGGCUGCGAAAUAUUUUGAUGAACAAAUGUUAGUUAUUACCAAUCUCAAAUAUGAUUCUGAUGCAACAAUAUUGUUUCAGAAAUUAUCGGUAAUAUUUGCUGACUUUCUGUUAAUCUAUGCAACAUACAGGUGCUCAACCGUCCUUCCAACAUCUAAAGAACAUUCAGGGAAAACACUUCAAGCAAAAUAUGAACCUAAAAUACUUUCAAUUCUUAUUAUUUUUAAUGCAGGAUUGUUGCUGGUUGAUCAUAUUCAUUUUCAAUAUAAUGGGUUUUUGACCGGGAUGUUAUUUCUAUCAAUGUACAAUAUUUUGGAUGGCAAUAUUCUAUGGGGAUCUUUCUGGUUUGCAACUUUACUCAAUUUCAAACAUAUUUAUUUGUAUAUGGCUCCUGCAUAUGGAAUAUACUUAUUCAGAAUAUAUUGCAUGGAUCCCAAGAAAAGAGGAAUUUCUUCUAUUUUAUCAUUUCAUCCAUUAAGGUUAUUGCAACUCGCAGCAACUGUUAUUCUAGUAUUUUCUGCAUCGUUUGUACCUUUCAAGGAUCAUCUCCCACAAGUGAUAUCGAGGCUAUUUCCAUUCAAGAGAGGAUUGACUCAUGCAUACUGGGCGCCUAAUUUCUGGGCAUUAUAUAUCUUUCUUGACAAAAUACUGAGUAUCGCAGGAGUUAAAUUCAAGUUUAUACAUCUUAGUCAGCUGAAAGCAACAUCAUUUUCAAAAGGCCUUGUAGAGGAAGCAGAGCAUGCAAUUCUUCCAUCACCAACUCCUCUCAUCACAGUUAUAAUCACUCUAGUUUUUAUUAUGCCUUGUUUGAUUGAUUUAUGGUUCUGGCCGAAGGCAUUAACGAGCAAGCAUCUCGGGAAUCAGUUUAUCCGUAGUGUUGUUUUUACUUCAUUGACGUCAUUCAUGUUUGGUUGGCAUGUUCAUGAGAAAGCAAUACUAAUGGCGAUAUUGCCAUUAACUCUUCUAUCAGUUUGUGGAACCAAGAAAGAUGCAGAAAUUUUUGUCUUCCUACAAGCAGUUGGGCAUUAUUCAUUGUUCCCAUUAUUGUUUAUGCCAUUUGAAACUGUGACGAAAAUUAGUAUAGUUGUUAUAUAUACAAUGUUGUCAUUUGAACUCUUACAUAAGUUGAAGCAAAGUAACUUGAAAGAUAAAAGUAAAUGGUGCCUCCCUUUAUUGGGCAGAUUUGAAACCCUGUACAUAUUUGGACUUGUUAUCAAUGAAGUGUAUUGUAGCGCUUUGCACAGAUUCAUGCCCUUCUCAGAAAAGUUUGAGUUUGUCCCACUCAUGAUGACAUCGACGUUUUGUGCUGUUGGUGUAACCUGGUCAUGGAUUAAACUUGGCUACUCUAUAUUUGUUGAUCGCUCUGGAUAUCCAAUUGAAUGAAUGGAAAAACCUAAAAGGUUUUUGAAACUUGAUUAAUAACAGCAGAUACACGUCAUGCUGUAGAUGCCUAUUUCAGUUUUGGUGGUCUCAUGCAAGGUCUAUCUAUAUCCAUAUGGGAUGAUAACAACACCGACGACCGGCUCUUAUUUUUAAGAAAUACAAUAUAGUAGCAAUUCCAUCCAACGCCAAUUUCAAAAUAAAUCUUUAUAUCGGAGCUUUUUUUAUACUCCAAAAAUACAAUUGAAUAAUAA